GGCGCUGUCCCCACGAUGGACCCCGAGGUGACCCUGCUGCUGCAGUGCCCUCCCGGGGGGCUGCCCCGAGAGCAGGUGCGGGCCGAGCUGAGCCCGGCCCACGACCGCCGCCCGCUCCCCGGGGGGGACGAGGCCAUCGCCGCCAUCUGGGCGACGCGGCUCCGGGCUCAGCCCUGGCUCUUCGACGCCCCCAAGUUCCGCCUGCACUCGGCCACCUUGGCGCCGGGGGGCUCAACGGGGCCCCGGCUGCUUCUGCGCCUGGGCCUCACCUCCUAUCGGGACUUCCUGGGCACCAACUGGGCGCGCUCGGCCGCCUGGCUGCGGCGGCAGGGCACGGCUGACUGGGGCGACCAGCAGGCCUAUCUGGCAGACCCCCUGGGAGUGGGGGCCGCGCUGGCCACAGCCGACGGCUUCCUGGUCUUCCUGCGCCGGUCCCGGCAGGUGGCUGAGGCCCCUGGGCUGGUGGACGUGCCUGGCGGGCACCCCGAGCCUCAGGCCCUGUGCCCCCGGGACAGCCCAAAGCACCAGGACCUCCCUGGGGAGCUGGUGGUGUGUGAGCUCUUCUCCAGCGUCCUGCAGGAGAUCUGUGACGAGGUGAACCUGCCGCUGCCCACCCUGAGCCAGCCCCUGCUCCUGGGCAUCGCCCGCAACGAGACCAGCGCCGGCCGAGCCAGUGCCGAGUUCUUCGUCCGGUGCAGCCUGACUUCUGAGCAGGUGAGGAAGCACUACCUGAGCGGGGGGCCCGAGGCCCAUGAGUCGACGGGGAUCAUCUUUGUGGAGACGCAGGACGUGCGGAGACUGCAGGAGACCGAGAUGUGGGCUGAGCUCUGCCCCUCGGCCAAAGGCGCCGUCCUCCUCUACAACCGGGUUCAGGGAGGUCCCACCUGCGUGGCCCUGGGGUCCCCAGCCCUACCGCCGCCGCUCUGAAGACAAUAAAAGACUUUCUUCUUCUUGGA